UCCGUGUCAACAGAGACGACCACGCGCCGGCUGGAAUCUCGACAGUUUUCCCGCCAUUGACUCUUCCAACCUCUUGCUGACCAAAUUGUUCACAAAUAUUGUCGCCAUGGUUUCCUCCCGGCCGUCCUCGUCAUGGCUGUCGUCCGCCCUGGCGAUGUUUGCCAUUCUCUCGCUGGCCCUUCCCACGAAUGCGCUGUACUUUUAUAUGGAUGGUCGUCAACAGAAGUGUUUCUUCGAGGAGCUGCCCAAGGACACAUUAGUUGUUGGGCACUACUCGACAGAAGUGAUCAACCAGAACUCCAACACGUACUCUGUUGAUCAGAGUCUGAACAUGCUCAUUACCGUCGAGGAGACCUUUGACAACGACCACCGCGUUAUGACCCACCGCGGCACACAUACCGGCCGCUUCACCUUGACCGCUGCAGAUGCUGGUCAGCACCGCAUCUGCUUCACCCCAGACACAACCGUGACGACAGGUGGCUGGCUGUCUGGUGGCCCUGCCGGUGCGGUCAAGGUGACGGUCGACCUUGCGAUUGGCGAGACUAGCAAGAUCGAGAGCGAAGACAAGGGCAAGAUGGAGGAUAUCGUGCAGAAGGUCAAGGAUCUUAACGGGCGGCUGCAGGAUAUUCGUCGCGAACAGGUCUUCCAGCGGGAGCGUGAAGCCGAGUUCCGUGACCAGUCCGAAGCCACCAACAGCCGCGUCGUGCGAUGGACCCUCAUUCAACUGGUGGUCCUCUCCAUCACUUGUGCCUGGCAACUAUCUCAUCUCAGGUCCUUUUUCAUCAAGCAGAAGCUUACUUAAGGUGUUUUUUCGAGCGGCCGGAUCGAUGUCAAUAUAUGCUUAGUUAGCGGCGUGUUUUUGGGCUUGGGUUCAAAGAGAGAAGAAAAAAAAGCAGUGGCUCCUGCAAGCCUGCCAGAGUCGGAGCAGAAGGAAAACAACAAUAAGCAUUGAGCAUCAGGCUUAUAAGACGGG